AUGCCUCCUCAUCAGUACAGACACCAGUUCAACGACACAUAUCCUGCAGCACCGGUCAAGGAGGACUGCAGCGCUCUGGAAAGCGACCUCCUCGUCGGGGUCGUCAUCCCUCCCUUCUUUGCCAUGGGUUUCCUUGUAUCUCUGGUGAUGACUCUUUGGAACCGCUGGACAUACAUCACUCGAACCAAGAAGUUGGAGGAAGAGAAUCGCCGCCUCAGGGUCAAGAACCAACUGAACGAGUAUUGGCACGGUCCCGUCUCCGACGAUCUUGUUGAUGCCGAGCUGAAGAAUCCCGGCAGCCACACUGGCGGGGCCAGGCGACCUGAAAGUGGGAGCGAUCACGUUCGAGAUGUCGAUCGGGAUGCUGGUACCCAGUCCAGGCUUGCCACGUACGAUGACGCGGGCUUCUAUGUGUCUGGUGGCCGAGAUGGAGCUGACCAAGAGGAGUCUGAGGAGUCCCGCGAGCGUUCUCGCGACCUGAGCACCAUAGCCGAGGAAACAGAGGUGUCUGCUGAUGCGGUGCUUAGGAGUAUACCUGAUGAACCAGACCACCGCUUCGCAGUUUGGAGCGACUCUGAUGAGGACGAAUGGGAAAGAGCCGAGCCAAACUACAUGUCAGGCGGAGAGUCCUCGAUUCCUCUGGAACCAUUGAAACGAGGUGGGUCCUCCAGGCAAGACGACUCUUGUAGACAAGGCAAAUCUUCCCAGCAGGUCGUAUCUUCCAACAAAUUCGAAUUUAACAGCCAAGUCGGGUCUUCUCCUAGCUCAGUCGAUUCCUCCCCUGGCCGUGGCAGGUUUUCUCCUAGCCCAGUCGAGUCUCCUACCCAAGGCCAGUUUCCUAGACAGGAGGCAUCGUCCAGGCAAGGUGAGUCCUCUGCACACGACGGGCCCUGUCGACGAGGCUAA